UAUUUAGAAAAGUGCAUAUGAUAUAUAUAUCCACACAUUGUGUAAAUGUAAAAAUAAUUUAUAAUAAAUUUACACAUCUAUACUCAUUUACUGAUACAUACGUACACACAUAUAGGAAUUUUUUUUAUAUCGCGAUAUUUUCCUGAAGUCAUAGGCUAUGAUAGAAUUGUAUUUUCAAUUAAGAUGUUUGAUUGCGUUAUUGAUUAUACUCAUAAAAUAAGAAAGAAAUAACUGAAGUUUGAAGUUGAUAUAAGUAAUAUAUAGAUUAUUAGAUUUUAAGAUACUAUAGUUGACUUUCGACCAGUGCUAUUUAAAUAGAAAGUUUUAAUAGAAUAUCGUGAUUAAACUAUUUCUUUUUAUUAUUGAAGUUUGCAACUAUAAACAAGUUUUACAACUAUAUGCAUUACGCGUUUUAUUUGAAUCGUUCGCAGAGGUAUGUUCUGGCGUCGAAUCUGUUAAAUCAAUAUUCAUCUGUUGUCCCCUAUAAAUCUCCGAGAACUGCAGACGCGCGCGUCUAUUAAUUGAGCGAUUCAUAGACGCAUCUUAUUGUUAGUAUAAGGUUAACAACAGUUAAUAGAAUUUUGAGUACAGAAAAAAAUGUGUCUCUGCCUUGGACCAUUCAAAUCGGGCAAAACUCUCCUAAUGAAAAGUCUCCAAGGAGACGAAAUCGACGAUGCGACUCAUACUGUGCCUACCAAUGGAAUAAAUAUAUAUACUGUAAAAAAUGAUACUGGCGAAUUCGAUAUGGUGAUUAAAGAGAUAGGCGGUAAUAUGGCACCGAUAUGGAAGCAUUAUUUUGAUAAGAUCCAUAAAAUAAUCUACGUGGUGGAUACCAGUAAUCUUUGCCAAAUAAGUGCCGCGGGCGUGCUGCUUUAUUCUUUCCUCGUGGAGCCGCGAUUACGGAACGUGAAGGUCGCGCUCAUCUUGAACAAAAUGGAUGUUUCAUAUCGUCAGAUGAGAAACGAAGCUCUGCUGAUGCUGCAAUACGCGCGUUUACAAAAGGAGGUGACGCAGAAGAUCACCGUGUUGGAAACCAGUGGUAUGACGGGCCAGGGGAUAGAGAGCUUACGCAGCUGGCUGUUCGAUCCGGAAACGCUGCGUGCCACGCUGAAGGCUAAUAAAUAGGCGACGAUUGACGUCGCACG